CAUCAAUGCGGUUUCUUGUAACAUCCGAAGACAUGGAAGAACACCUUUUGCCUUCCGGGCGCUUGGUUCUUAACCCGGGAAACCCAUCCCGGAUUCACAGCAUUGAAGCAAUUUUGGGAUUCAAAGACGAAAAUCUAUUUCAUCAGUCAUUUUCGAACACUGGGACAACCAGACCCACCAAAGACAGCGAUAGGAGAAGGAAUAGCAACAAAAUGUCCACCCCGAGGAAGGAGCAUGGCAAUGAAAGUUUUGAAACAAGCAUCUGCUGUACGAGCAAUACUGGGGCAUCUAUUAGUCCUGCUUUACCUGAGGGUGAAGGUAGGCUUUCCGACGAAGAGAAUCCGAAGAAAAAGCACAGGCGAAAUAGAACAACAUUCACCACUUUUCAGCUGCACGAGCUGGAAAGAGCCUUCGAAAAGUCGCACUAUCCUGACGUGUACAGCAGAGAGGAACUGGCGUUGAAGGUUAAUCUCCCUGAAGUCCGAGUUCAGGUGUGGUUCCAGAACCGCAGAGCCAAGUGGAGGCGGCAGGAGAAGCUGGAGGUGGGCUCCAUGAAGCUGCAGGACUCGCCCAUGAUCGCCUUCAGCCGCUCCGCCCCGCAGAGCUACAGCGCCCCCGGCCUGCAGCUGGAGCCCUGGCUGGGCGCCCCCGUCUCCCCCUCCGGCGCCGUGCAGGCCCUGCCCGGCUUCAUCGGGCCCGGCCCGGGGCUCCCCGGCAGCUACACCCCGCCGCCGUUCCUCGGCGCCCCUUCCCUGGGACACGGCCUGCCCCACGUGGGCCCCGCCUGCCCGCCGUCCCCCUACCCGUGCGCGGGCUUCAGGGACAAGUUCCCCGCGGAGGAGUGCGACCCCCGGAACUCCAGCAUCGCCGCGCUGCGGAUGAAGGCCAAGGAGCACAUCCAGUCCAUUGGGAAGACGUGGUAGAGGAACGGGGGGCCUUGGAGGAGGGCCGUCGGAUUUCACCCGUCUCGCCCCAUCCCCUG